AUGGUACGAAUUUUGGUAAGAAUACAUUCGGACGGAUUCAAACUUGCUUUACAGAUGAAACUCCAUCGAAAAACGAAAGACAUAGCUGCUCAGAAGAUGACCGAUGUUGAAGUGACAUCGUCGGAUGCCCAAACUGGUGAAUACUUUCCCGCUAUCAGUGCCGAUGCCCCUUACAGAAGAAGAUUACGUUCGCUGUCACCAUCGCAAUUGUAUCAUCACCAACAGUUUGCUAAGUCUAGCACCACCGAGGGUGAUUGGCGUGCUCGUGUCAGGGGUUUAGAGAGGGUGGCAUCUGCUCUGCGAACGUCUUCCGCCCUGAUCGCGAUAGAGCCACGAUUAGGAUCUCUCUUGCAUGCGGUACUCGGCUGUGAAAGGAGCUGUCGUGUUGCGGCUGCAGGUUUGGCUGUAGCGAAGGUAGUGGUCGAUGGGGUAAGCGAGGAAGCUCUGAAACAACGGUUACCACAAUUGGCGUGGGGUUUGGCUAGACAGGGUGGCCCAAGCGCUGCUCAAUUGGCCAGAAUCGCGAUGCUCAGACUUAGACCUGCUCUUCUUCUCGAGCAACUCUUACAACCGCAGUGUCUCGAAGCAAGAAACGCCAAAACUAGAGAAAACACUUUACAAUUGUUAAUCUUCUCAUUGGUGACGUUUCCGAGUACGGAAUUUAAAGUAGACACCGUGGCUAACAAAAUUGCUAAAAUGGUGAGGGAUCGUCGACGAAGAGUGCGACAGGCCGCGCUCGAUACUUUGGCAGUUUUGGCACAGAUCUACGAGCCCGAGGAAGUGAUUGCAGCAGGAAAGCGAGCAUCGGAAGGUCAUCACGAUGGCGGCGCAAUGAUGUCCGCUAUCAGAGCUCGUCUAGCGCGGAAAUCAUUACCCUUGGUCUCUGCCGAUGGUCUAGUGAUGUACGGUUUGCAAAUUUCUCCCACCGUACAAAUAGCUACAGGACCUGAUGUCGAUUGGAUUGUAGCGGGAAGUGGUUCGGUUUCGUCCGGCGUCGGCCGUACCAAAGGCAAAAUUAUAGCGACGAGGUCGGAAAAAGAAAGAUUUGUAAGAGAUGAGAAGAAUGCAAAUUAUCGAGAGAAUCCGUGGGGCGAUAGACCGAAUUUCGUUGCGCUUGGAGUUGGUAUGCGUUUUAAAUCGGAGCAACCAGUAGUAUGGCAAAUGGUUCCAACGCAAAAUCAGGAUGUGCAAUGUGAAAGUGAAAUGGGCAUUCGUAAUGAUGAAAGUUUCAAUUCGGAUUUAAAAUCGCGAAAUCAAACAAAAAUUCCGACAAACACGAGAGAGUCUACGAAUUAUCGUAGUGUUGUAGAAAAUAAUUUUGAUCGAAAACAGGAAAACCACAACAAAACAGAAUCUAGAAUUCCCGUGCUUUACACCAAGGAGUGUGGACCAAAGCCGGCCGCGCAUAGUCUCGUGAUGGAUAAAUCUAAUAAUUCGGAGGUGAUCAAUGUUAACUUAAAGAGGCGAUUAAGAAACACCAGAGAAAAUUCGAAGGACCGUGGAGGCUCACAGGAAGAGACUAGAAGCUCUGAGGCUGAGUAUCAUCCAAAAAGAAAAAAUCAGCAAGCAAAUGGUACAAAUACGCAGUACAAUAAUUAUCGUUCCAAGAAAAAUUUGGAUAAUGGAAAUGCAGAUCAUAAUAUGCGAGAAGAAUCGUCGAUACAGAAAGAACUUUCCAUCCCGGCCAAUGAGCCGCCGCAUUGGUGGGCGAAAAUGAUUUUCAAGUAUUGCGCGGGGCUAGAAGAGGACAAGGCCACUGUUUUGAGGAGCGGGGAACCGAACUCGGAGGAAAGAACUCGAGAUUUCAACGAGGAAUCAAGCGAUUCACGGCGACGGGAAUACAAGAUCGCGAACACUGUUCUUCGUUAUUGUUCGUGCGCCUUUCGAUGCAGACAACCGGUAGACAUCGGAAGAGAAGAAGAGGAUUCGAUAUCGACGAUCGUUACCACUAUCAACGCCACCCCUGUAAUCCCUUUGGCUUUGAACCAGAGCGACGAAACGAUAGAUAAGACGGUGAACGAGGAAGAGUACAAUGAGAAGAAUAAGAAUCAUUUUCUACCGGAUGAAAAUUUCGGCACGAAAACAAUGAAUUCGAUCGAAGUGAAAUAUGAAGUGGAUGAUUAUGAAUAUUCAUCAUCGGAUGCGUUAGAAAAUCAUUUUCACGAUACCGAACAAGAGGUGCAAAACAGUCGGGAUGACUGCGAUUACAGAUCGUCCACCCCUGAUAGACCAAACCCGGAUUCGGCAUUCGAUAUUAUUUCUGGUCAAUCGAGUCCACUCGCUCGGGAUACCGUUGAUUUUAUCAUUUCGUUGAGCCAGAAGGUCAAGACGGGAGCGAAUGCGACGAACGAUGACGAUGGGUCACGAGAGUGGAGCAGCGAAGAGGAACCAAAGUCAAAGAAUCAGAGCCGUGCACCAUCCAGAAGUUUGGGAGAGAACUACCUCGAAGAUAAUCGGAACGAGAGCGAAUUGAGCACCUCCGACGAAACCGGAAAAACGGAUGAGCCGCUGGAAGACGUACAAGAGAGAACCAUUAUAUCUUUUCUACCUGCGGGCGAGGACUUGCAAACGCCUGGCGAUAUGUCAAAUUCAGAUUUCGAGAAUACGGAGACGAUGUUGCCUUCGAAAAGAUCUGCUGGUUCGAGAAGAUCGAGCCGUUCGGCGAGUAGAAAUUCCGUCGAUUUUGAGACGAUGAAAUCUCCAAGACACAGUUCACGAAGUAGCUCGAGAAAAUUGAGCUUUGAGAUAGCAGCAAUUGACAAUAAGGAGUCCGACGAUUCUAGCGAAGAUAGAGUUGUUUCUUCUAUGCAAGUGCAAUGCGACAUUGAGAAGGUAACAUUUAGGUCUCGCAGGGAAUCGCUAGUAGAAGAGUCGCCCGCUAUAAUCAUCGCCUCCAGACCUCAUUCUUCCACCGAGGAUUCUGAUUGUAUUGAAAAUCACGAGGAAUCUACCAGUCAACCAACAGAGAACGAUAAUCCUCUAAGGUUCGUUAACCAGUCUACUGAAAAUAUCAGUUCAGAAGGACAAAACAAAGAUAGUUCCAGUGAGACGAACACGGAACCAGGAAUUUUGAAAAUUGAGCCUCAACCUACCGAACCGAUCGCUACCACCAAACGGAAACCUUCGAGAGUUCCUCGCGUUAUAGGUAGAUCUCGAAGCCGAGGAAAAGUAGAAAAAACUGAGAAGCUGAAACCCAUAGUACAACAAUGUUUUGCUCAACUUGAAGACAAAGACUGGGAGAUUACUGUGAAAGGGCUAAAAACGUUGAUGCAGAUUGCAAAACAACAAUCAGAAUAUUUAGACACGUACGCCGCGGGAAUAAUAUGCCGCCAUUUAGGUCGACUGAUAAAAAGUCUCCGAUCGCAGGUAGCGCGAACCGCCUGUCUUGCCGCCGGCGACAUUUUCGCUUCUCAAAUUCGUGGCAUAGACCAGGAUUUCGACGAUAUAGCCGCACCUCUGCUGCACAGAACGGCAGACACGAAUCGAUUCCUACGAGCGGAUUGUAACGCGGCCUUGGAUCGAAUGAUCGAACACCUUCCGCCUUUCAAAACAAUUACCAUCAUCGUACAACGUGGUGCUAGUCAUCAGAAUGCAAUAGUGAGAGCAGCUACAGCCAGAUUAUUAGCUUCUGUGGUCGAUCGAAUAGGACCAGAGCAGACUUUGAGUUUGCCAAGGGACGUCAGAGACAAGUUACUUUUUACCGGGGCGAAAUUAUUGAUGGAUGGAAAUUUGGACGCUAGAAAUCACGCGAAAAAGAUGUUUCGGCGUUUGGUGCAUCAUGAAGGAUUUAGGAAAGCCUUGGUAGACGCUGUGCCUGAUAAAACGUUGAGAGAUAUCGAGAAGAUUUUGAGAAGUCUUUAACCAAAGGACAAAAAGUACAUAACAUUUACUUAAUAUAAUAUGCUCGUCAUUCGGAUCUCGUUCAUUGCACGGGAGUCCGGUUUUCGUAAAAAAAAACUGAAGAAAGAUUGAGCUCCGAGCAGUGCGUUCGAUACAACUUUCGUGCAUGGGAUGAUGAGUACAUGGAAUACAAAACGACUCUUCUCAUUUUAACGAUAAGUAUAUUUUUUUCUCCAUGCAUGAACAUGUGUGCGCCUUUUUUUAUUUUGAUCUUUCAAAUACUGAAGAAAGUUCCGGCGAGGCGAGAUUACUCUGUUGACCGACUGAUUAAAACGUUACAUAACAUUUUGAUACUCCGAUGUACGUACACAAACGUACAUUCCUUUUUUAUACCAUUGUAUAUAUAAGCAGUGUAGUUAGAAGAUGGAUAAAGAGACAAACAGACAGCAUGUGUAUGAGAGAGAGGGAGAGAGAGACUUAAUUAUUAUGUAAAGCUGAUUUUUAGCAUUUUAUUUUUCCUAGUCGACGACGUUUUAUCGUGAUUGCCUUCUGUUAUCUUUUCGAUCAAAUUUAAAAGAGAACGAAAGUUUGGAACAUUUAAGGUCCUCCAUUCGACGAUGAGACAUGUAUAUUCAGAUCAAAUUUAUAAAAUCGAACGAAUUUUUAAUUAAUAUUCACAUUAUAUACAUAAUCUGUGCUCAAUUAUAAAAUGUAAGCAUUACAUCGAACAUAAAAAACUAAUGUAAAGCAAGAUCUAAUGAGUAAUUAAAUUUGUGCUGCUCAAUCUGUUAAUUGAACGAACAUAGUUUAUAGCAAUAAUUUGAGGUUUAUAUAAGCUUGAAAUUUUAUCGAUUCUAUUGAGGAUACAAAUUCUACGCGAGUUACGACAAAAAUUUAUACGAUACUUCAAUAAAUAUUAGUUAUAAAAAUGGUUUUAAUUAUUCAUGCAAUUAAGACAGGAAUUGUUUUAUGAAACUCAUGAACUCGAAUAAUCAUUCUUUAGACUCGUUUGUUAAUAAAAUAAAAUAUGUGAUACGUACAAAGUAGUCAAGUUGUAUCAAAGAAUCAUUCAUAAAAAAUGUGUAUUAAAAAAAUUCUUCGCUCCACCAACUCUUCUACCAAGAGUUGCAGGAAGGUGAUUAAUUAUUUUUCACAAAGAAAGGACUACAUUGCUAAUGGCAAUGAUUCCAUUUCAAGAAGCUACACAUUAUAAUUAUAAUAAAAUAUUUAUUUUCAUUUUUCAUGACAUCACUUACUGAAAAUGAUCUCUGAUUAGUAUAUCGAAAGUGAUAAUCGAGGGAAAAGUUCAAUUCAUUUGCCGUCCGUAUAAUAAAACAUGUAUAAAUAUAUUUUUUGAAUGGGUACCUGGAAUGAAGGUAUAAUAAAAUUUUUCAAAAGAUACUUGCUAUGAGAAAGGAGCAAAAUAUAUUGUGAAAAAUGCUUCUCCAACAUUUUUUGUAUUCGAAAAUGGCUCUUUUGGAUAUUUAAACAAUUAAUAUAUGCCGCCACUGAAAGCAAUGGUGUUGUUGAUUGUACAAUGAUAACUUUGUGUUUGCUGUUAAUAAAUGACUUUUUCAAUA